GUGUCCCAUGCGUCUGGAGUUAUCCACAAUGAGAAGAGUGCAAAGAAAUCCACCUUGUGACCAUAUCAUAAGAUUAUUUGAAUGGUUUUACACGGAAGAUCAAGUGAUUUUGAUUAUGGAGCGUCCACCUAACAGCGUGACUUUGUUCGAGUUCAUCAAACAUAGCAAAGGUCACCCAACUGAAAGAGCAGCCAAAGUCAUCGUGAGGCAAAUCAUUGUUGCGUUACAUCAUUGUAACGUGUGUGGUGUUCAUCAUAAUCACACACAUUUGAGAAACAUCCUCAUAAACAGAGACACCCUGCAGCUGAAGCUGAUAGACUUUGGAGGUGCACGGCUCAUCGCAGAAACACCAAGUGAAGAACGUACUUUAGGGGCAGUGUCCAGAGAGACGGCUGUGCGAUCAGGAUGCGAAUGCUUAUAUAGAGUGCUGUGUGCGCUCAUCAAAGGAAUUCCGUUUUGGAUACGCCUGUCCAGAGAAUGCACAGAUCUUCUUCAGGAACUUAAGAACGACAGGACAUGGAACACCUUAGAGAACAUCUUAGAUCAUGCCUGGUUUAAAGAAGCCUCCACGGUGAACAGAGGAGAAAGAAACUAAAAAAAAAA